UCUCAUUCAACAACAAUUGCAUCUUUCAAGAGGACUUACUGCCUUAAAGCCUUACUUGGAAGCCUUGUGUGAGUGGUAAUCGGCUAGAGGAUAUAACCAGCCCUCAGGGAGGUUGUUCUGGUAGUCUGGAGGAGAUGGCGUACAGGAUGGCAGUACUGCUGCUGAGCGGAUUCCUCCUGCUCUCCCUCUGCAGACCUACGCUUCAGAAAGGAGUGUACUUCUCUACAAGAACUGGAGUUGGAACUGAGGAAAGACCAGGAGUUGCAGUUGGGACCAGAAUAGAAGGUGGAUAUGACCUAAGAGGGGCUGGAAUUGGUGGAGUAGCUCCUGGUAGAGAAGGAACUGGUGGACUAGGACUUACUGGAGUUGGACCUGGUAUUCUGGUACCUGGUGGAGUUGGACCAAGGGGUGUAGGAGUUGGUGGACUUGAAUCGGGAGUGGCUGUUCAACCUGGCAAGACAGGUGGCUAUAGCCCAGGACUCAUUGGAGUUGGUGGACUAGGUCUUGGUGGAGUUGGAGCUGGUGGACUGGGACCUGGUGUAGUCAGUCCUGGUGGAGUUGGACCUGGGAGUAUAGCAGUUGGUGAACAGAGACCAGGUGGUUUCGGAGUUGGACUUGGAACAGGAGCUGGUGUUAAACCUGCCAAGACAGGUGGCUAUGGCCCAGGACUCAUUGGCACUGGUGGAGUGGUACCUGGGGGAGUUGGAGCUGGUGGACUAGGUCUUGGUGGAGUGGGACCUGGUGCAGUUGCUCCUAGUGGAUUUGUCACUGGGGGAGUAGGAGUUGGUGGACUGAGACCAGAUGUUUUUGGAGUUGGUGGACUUGGAACAGGAGCUGGAGUUAAACCUGGUUUCUAUGGCCCAGGACUCAUUGGAACUGGUGGAGUGCUACCUGGAGGAGCUGGACCUGGUGGACUGUUACCCGGUGGAGUUGGACCUGGGGGAGUCGGUCGUGGUGGAGUUGGACCUGAAGGUGUCAGAGUUGGUGGACUGAUACCUGACGGUUUGGGAGCUGGAGGACUUGGAACAGGUGGCUAUGGCCCAGGACUCAUUGGAGCUGGUGGAGUGGUACCUGGGGGAGUUGGAGCUGGUGGACUAGGUCUUGGUGGAGUUGGACCUGUUGCAGUUGCUCCUGGAGUUGUCCCUGGGCGUAUAGGAGUUGUUGGACUAAGACCAGGAGCUGGAGUUAAACCUAUUAAGACAGGUGGCUAUGGCCCAGGACUCAUUGGAGCUGGUGGAGUGGUACCUGGAGGAGCUGGAGCUGUUGAACUGGGACCUGGUGCAGUUGGACCUAGUGGACUGGUACCUGGUGCAGUUGGACCUGGUGGACUGUUACCUGGUGCAGUUGGACCUGGUGGACUGUUACCUGGAGGAGCUGGAGCUGGUGGACUGGGACCUGUUGCUGUCGGACCUGGUGGACUGGUACCUGGAGCAGUUGGAGCUGGUGGACUGGUACCUGGAGGAGUUGGACCUGGAGGUGUCACAGUUGGUGGACUCAGACCUGGUAGUUUGAUACUUGGAACAGGAGCUGGAGUUAAACCUGCCAAGAGAGAUGGCUAUGUCCCAGGAUUCAUUGGCGCUGGUGGAAUGGUGCCUGGGGGAGUUGGACCUGGUGGACUAGGAGCUGGUGCUCUUGGACCAGGUGGACUGGUACCUGGUGGAAUGGGAGCUGGCAGUUUAGUACCUGGUGGAGUAGGAGCUGUUCAAACUGGACUUGGUGGUUUGGGAAUCGGAGGCCUCGGAGCAGGAGGGACUCUGCCAGGAGGAGGUCGAGGAGCUGAUGGAGGAAUAGUUGGAGCUGGUGGAAUUGGUAUUCCUGUUAUACCUCAGAUUAGCCUGUCAGGAGAGAGCACCAGAAGAAAAGCCUCAGAACUUCCAGGUGUAGGGGUACUUGGACGCUACCAUUGGGGACAAGUACCUCUGCAAGGGUUUGGUGGUCGGGGGUUUCUGCCAGGUAUAGUGACCGGAACAGGACUUCAGCGGCAAGUGGCGGGAUUUGGGCAGCUGGGGCCAGGAAGCUAUGGAACCAAUGGAGGCCGUGAUUCAUUACACCGUCAGCCCGGAAUUUUCCAUGGAUACCCACUCACAUUACCAAAGACCAGAGCUGACAUAAUUGGUGUUGGUGGCAUCCCUGGAGUCGGAGGAGUACCUGGAGUCGGAGGAGUACGUGGAGUCGGAGGUUUACCUGGAGUCGGUGGCCUCCCUGGAGUCGGAGUUGUACCUGGAGUCGGUGGUAUCCCCGGAGUCGGAGGCGUACCUGGAGUCGGAGGCAUACCUGGAGUCGGUGGUAUCCCUGGAGUCGGAGUUGUACCUGGAGUCGGAGGCAUACCUGGAUUUAGUGGAGUGCCUGGUAUAGGAUAUGGAUCUGAGGCUAAAGCCCGUAAAUAUGGUGAUAUAAUUGGUGCUGGUGGAGUACUCAGAGUCGGUGGCAUCCCUGGAGUUGGCGGCGUGCCUGGAGUCGGAGUCGGCGGCGUGCCUGGAGUCGGAGUCGGCGGCGUGCCUGGAGUCGGAGUCAGAGUCGGAGGCGUGCCUGGAGUCGGAGUCGGAGGCGUGCCUGGAAUCGGAGGUGUGCCUGGAGUCAGUGGCCUCCCUGGAGUCGGUGGCGUACCUGGAGUUGGAGGUGUACCUGGUAUAGGCUAUGGCUCUGGGGCUAAAGCUCUUAAAUAUGGUGUACCUGGAGUCAGUGGAGUACCUGGAGUCGGUGGCAUCCCUGGAGUCGGAGUUGUACCUGGAGUCAGUGGAGUACCUGGAGUCGGAGGAGUAGCUGGAGUCAGUGGCCUGCCUGGAGUCGGAGGCAUACCUGGACUUAGUGGCGUGCCUAGUAUAGGAUACGGAUUUGGGGCUAAAGCACGUAAAUAUGGUGAUAUAAUUGGUGCUGGUGGAGUACUCAGAGUCGGUGGCAUCCCUGGAGUUGGCGGCGUGCCUGGAGUCGGAGUCGGCGGCGUGCCUGGAGUCGGAGUCGGAGGCGUGCCUGGAGUCGGAGGCGUGCCUGGAGUCGGAGUCGGAGUCGGCGGCGUGCCUGGAGUCGGAGUCGGAGUCGGAGGCGUGCCUGGAGUCGGAGUUGGAGGCGUGCCUGGAGUCGGAGUCGGAGGCGUGCCUGGAGUCGGUGGCCUCCCCGGAGUCGGUGGCGUACCUGGAGCUGGAGGUGUACCCGGAGUUGGAGGUGUACCUGGUAUAGGCUAUGGUUCUGGGACUAAAGCUCGUAAAUAUGCUGACAUAAUUGGUGCUGGUGGCAUCCCCGGAGUCGGAGGAGUACCUGGAGUCGGAGGAGUACCUGGAGUCGGAGGUGUACCUGGAGUCGGAGGAGUACCUGGAGUCGGUGGCAUCCCUGGAGUCGGAGGAGUACCUGGAGUCGGAGGAGUACCUGGAGUCGGAGGUGUACCUGGAGUCGGAGGAGUACCUGGAGUCGGUGGCAUCCCUGGAGUCGGAGGAGUACCUGGAGUCGGAGGUAGAGUUCCAGGUGGUGGAUUUGCAGGGGGCUUAGCAGGAGGACUUCCAGGAGGAAUGCUAGGAGGCCAUCCAGGUGGAGCCAAAGCUUUCAAAUAUGCAUCCCUUACUGGUCUAGGUAGUGCUGGACUACCUGGAACGUUUGGCAUUCCUGCUGGAGUACCAGCAACUGGUACUGGAGUUGGACUCGGAAGAGGACUUGUCCCCGGAGCUGCAGGGGUUCAAGAAGUUGUAGGAAUCCCAGGGGUUGCAUAUGGAGGUCAGCCUAUAGGAUAUGGAACUGGAGGUAAACUUCCUAAAUAUGUUGUGCCGGGGACAGUGGAAGGAGCAGGGCAAGUCAGAAUGCCUGGUGGCAUCCCGGAAGGAGUGGGAAGGGGAGUUCCAGGAGUACAGAUUGUCCCAACUGGGAAGCCAGAAAUGGGACCAACACUGGCACCUGGAAGCGCUCAGAUGCCAGAUCUGCAUUUAAGUGCAACAGGAGCAGGGCCAGGACUGCUGCGACCUGAUGGUGGAGUAGGUGGACCAGCACCUUCUGGAGGUAGUGGGACUGGUGUCAGUCCCACUGACAGGGCUGGCUCUGGUGUCGGUCUUGGAGGUGAUAUUAGUGUUGGCGUUGAUGAAGGUAAACCCCUGAAACCUACAGGAGCAGGAACAGCUGGAUCUGUAACCAGUACUGCAGGAAGUGUUGGACUUGGCGCAGGAGUUAGCAGCGGAUUUCUUCCCAGUGCCAAGCCUUUGAAAUCACCAGCUGCUGGAGGAGUCACUGGAGUUGAAGGAAUUGGUGGAGUUGGGGGAGUUGGAGGCACUGGACACUCACCUGGAGUGAGAGGCCUGCUGUCCGGUGGAGGUUUGCUCUACCCAACAGGUGUGGAACUUGGACCAGGAGAAUCAGGCAAAUCAGGAUAUGGAACUCUUGCAGAAAAACAAGCCAAAUAUGCUGCUUUCCAUGGAUUCCUGAGCUACAGAGGAGGUGCUGGAUGUCAAGGGAAAUACUGCAGGAAGAGAAGAAAAUCGAGAUCCGUUGGCCCAGCAGGUCCAAAUCUGGCCUGAUCCAAGCCUGUCCGAAUGCUGAGAGCUGAAAAACUUUGUCCCAGACCCCUUUUGGUUACGAACACAGAGUCAUUAAUUGUGGCUGCUGUUUUGAACUGUGAAUAAAUAGCAUUGUAGGUAGUCAAACUUAUUUGUACACUGCUUUUCAGGUUUAAAUUUGUUGCACCAACUUCAUGUAUUGUUCAAUUUGUGAAGUGUAUACGAUUUUUUUUCCAUUCAUGAAUAUAUGCCCUUGAAACAUUCUUGUAAAACUAAGUGUUUGUUGUUGUGAUUUUAUCUUUUUGGCUUUAUUAAAGAAGUAACACUGAAA